UACCCAAAACUUCUCGCCGAAGUUCCCUAAUGCAGCACGACUUUAGUCCACCAUCCAUACCGAGAACACGACGAAGAAUCUAAAGAAAUCGGCGAUUCACGAUUACACACCCAAUGGCCCCUCCCUCGAGAUUCGGGGGCGGCCCUCCUACAAUAGCGCCUUAUCAACACCAAUUCCCGUCGCAUCCUCCUCAAGGCCAUGCGACAGCUCACCAGCCCAACGCCUUGUCCAACUCGGCGUACCUAGGAAAUGCGCAGAUGAGUCCCUUCGCCACAAAUGGAUUAGGGCUUGGUGGUGGUAUUAACGCUGCCGCUGCUGCUGGCUUCGGCGUCGGAGAUCAGACAGGCUUCGCUAGUCAUGCUGCCAGAUCUGGAUUUCAACAUGCCGCGCAAUUACAGCAACAAGCACAACAUCCUCACCAACCGGCACACGGAAUGGGUGGCGAGCGACAAAACCGAGCUAAUGGCGGCAAGUUGCGCAUACGUGAAGUCUGGAAGCAUAAUUUCGAGGAGGAAAUGACGGCGCUGAUGGAUCUUGUUGACGACUUUCCUUACGUUGCCAUGGACACCGAAUUCCCUGGUAUCGUCGGUCGACCUAUGGGAAACUUUCGCGGAAAAAGCGAUUAUCAUUACCAGUGCCUACGAGUGAAUGUCGACUUACUUAAGGUGAUUCAAAUAGGAAUCAGCUUGUUUAACGAGAAGGGCGAGACCCCCGCCGAUCGAGUGAACGCAUCAACCAAGGAUGUUCCUCCUAAUCUUCGGCGACAUGCUGACCAAGGUUUAAUGCCUCUGGCUUGGCAGUUCAACUUCAAGUUCUCCCUCAAGGAGGACAUGUAUAACCAGGCCUCUAUCGAAUCUCUCCAACAAGCCGGUAUCGAUUUUAACUUACUCGACCGGGAUGGUAUAGAUCCGAAGAAAUUUGCAGCUCUCUUCAUCGCCUCCGGAUUUGUUUGCUUCGACCAAGUGAAGUGGAUCUCGUUCCAUGGUGGUUAUGACUUCGGUUAUUUGACUAAAUUACUUGGAGAUCAGAAGCUGGCCAACGACGAGAGUGAGUUCGAUAAGAUCAUGAAGAAAUGGUUCCCCACUACCUACGAUGUCAAGCACUUAAUGAAGUUAGCUGUAAAGCUUCAUAGUACCGGCAUGCUUACCCCUUCAGAUCCCGGUUCGGCCGAGAUUAUGCAAAAAUUCGAGCAGAAGUCAGGCCUGGAGAGUAUUGCGGAUGCACUUAAACUUAAGCGAGUUGGUGCCGCCCACCAGGCUGGUUCGGACAGCCUUUUAACAGGGAAGGUGUUCUUUCAACUACGCGAGAGAAUAUACAACGGCGAAAUUUCGGACGAUCACAUCGGCAAGGUUUGGGGUCUUGGGUUCUCCGGAAUGGAGAUGCCUAACUCAACACAGAAUCCCGUUAACAACGCCGACCACAGCCCGUCGAACAAUACGAACGGCAACGUGAAUGGCGGCCCUACUACGCCAAGUACCGCAAACGCAGCACUUGCCAGUACCCCUGCGCCACAGUCGCAUAACACGAAUGGAAUCGGCAUGGGACCAAUGACACCGGGCGGUGGCGGUGGCGUGUUCGGAGCAUUCAACUUUCCUAUCCAUCCUAGAUAGUGUCAGGUAUGGGGAUGCCCUUUUCCUGUUCUACCUGAAUUUCAUCGCGCCUUGGCCACAGCUACUAGCGAGGGGGGAUCUUUACCGCCCUUCUAUCAAUAUAAUUCAUCUCGUUCUAACGUUUCGCGUUCCACACAGCAUUCCUCGAUAUCCCAACGGCAAUAUCAACGAAGGGUCAGAUACAGAGCCUCCAGGCAGCAAUGCCGUCGUACCCGCGCCCUCGAGCGACAGAAGUCAUCGUCAUCUGCACUCAGAAGU